AUGACACCAACUCUUUCCACUCUCCUUAACAUGGUCGCAGCUUUUUUUCUUCUUCUUCUUCUUCUUUUGUUACCAUCUCUCCUCUUUGUUGCGUACUUUCCCCUCUCUCACAUUUUUACUGCCUCUCUUCCCUUUCGCGCUCAUUCCUUCAGAUUUCUUUUUCUUCAUUUACAACUUUUCUUUCUUCAUUUUUUAAAUUUUAAUCCCUUUAUUCUUUCUUUUUCUUUCUUUCUUUCUUUCUUUCUUUCUUUCUUUCUUUCGUCUUCGCAAGCAUUUUCCUUCUUUCUCUACCACUCCUACCAAAUUCUUCACUUGUCUCUUAUUUUUUUUUCUUCAUGUAAUUUAUCUUCUUUCUUUCUUUCUUUCUUUCUUUCUUUCUUUCUUUCUUUCUUUGCCUCCUCCUACCGUUCUUCUCGAACUCUCUGCACACCUUCAUUCCUUGAUUUUCUCCCUUUUCUUCGUUUUUUUUUUUUUUUGAUUGUCUACUUCCUCACUUUGUCUUCUACCUUUCACUACCACUCUUUCUUACUCUUCAGUUCCCACCAACAGGGACAUCAUCUCCCCACCUCUAUUUCUAUUCCGUUACACCCACCUGCCAUAAAAGCUCAAAAUGGUGAUGACAAUGCACAAAGUUACCUCCCUUCUUUUGAUCUGCUGUUUGUUGUGCGGCUUGGGUCAUGGCAUGAGCAUGGAAGAAAUGACAAAGUCAAUUCCGAAGGGUGUGUCGUUGCUAACAUAUGCUGGAAUCUGCGAGGCCUGCGGUGA